AUGUGUUUACUGGCUCAGCUGAUCUGUCUGGCGCGGCAUGACCUUAUAUGUGGCGGGAUGUGUACGGCGCGGCAUGACCUUAUAUGUGGCGGGAUGUGUCUGGCGCGGCAUGACCUUAUAUGUGGCGGGAUGUGUCUGGCGCGGCAUGACCUUAUAUGUGGCGGGAUGUGUACGGCGCGGCAUGACCUUAUAUGUGGCGGGAUGUGUACGGCGCGGCAUGACCUUAUAUGUGGCAUGAUGUGUACGGCGCGGCAUGACCUUAUAUGUGGCAGGAUGUGUACGGCGCGGCAUGACCUUAUAUGUGGCAGGAUGUGUACGGCGCGGCAUGACCUUAUAUGUGGCAGGAUGUGUACGGCGCGGCAUGACCUUAUAUGUGGCGGGAUGUGUACGGCGCGGCAUGACCUUAUAUGUGGCGGGAUGUGUACGGCGCGGCAUGACCUUAUAUGUGGCGGGAUGUGUCUGGCGCGGCAUGACCUUAUAUGUGGCGGGAUGUGUACGGCGCGGCAUGACCUUAUAUGUGGCGGGAUGUGUACGGCGCGGCAUGACCUUAUAUGUGGCGGGAUGUGUCUGGCGCGGCAUGACCUUAUAUGUGGCGGGAUGUGCACGGCGCAGCGUGACCUUAUAUGUGGCGGGAUGUGUCUGGCGCGGCAUGACCUUAUAUGUGGCGGGAUGUGCACGGCGCAGCAUGACCUUAUAUGUGGCAGGAUGUGUAUGGCGCGGCAUGACCUUAUAUGUGGCGGGAUGUGUCUGGCGCGGCAUGACCUUAUAUGUGGCAGGAUGUGUACGGCGCGGCAUGACCUUAUAUGUGGCAGGAUGUGUACGGCGCAGCAUGACCUUAUAUGUGGCAGGAUGUGUACGGCGCGGCAUGACCUUAUAUGUGGCAGGAUGUGUACGGCGCGGCAUGACCUUAUAUGUGGCAGGAUGUGUACGGCGCAGCAUGACCUUAUAUGUGGCGGGAUGUGUAUGGCGCGGCAUGACCUUAUAUGUGGCAGGAUGUGCACGGCGCAGCGCCUUCAUGUGGGCGCCUUACCUGCACCUUUAUGUGCUGGUAGUCCUGUAGUCCUGUAG